UUGACGAGAGGUGAUUAGUCGUAAUAAUUCCGAAGCUGCUUAUCGAAUCUGAAACCGAAAGAGAAGUGAAGAAAUCGCUUGCGAUUUGAGCUUUAUGGUGUCUGUAAACCCUAGCCCAGCUCAGGGUUUCCCCUUCUUCGAUCCCAUGAAUGUGGGUUUAACGGGUUUGAACACCCUACCCCACGCGCCGGCUGAGGGGCUUGGUGCUGGUACGAUAGGUCCGAUGCCGGUGAGUGGACGGAGACGGGGCAGUACGAUGUCGUUUGCGGAGGACCCAGCGAGGAAGAUCCGGAAGCCGUACACGAUCACGAAGUCUCGAGAGAGCUGGACAGAGCAGGAGCACGACAAGUUUCUAGAAGCUCUCCAGUUGUUCGACCGAGAUUGGAAGAAGAUAGAGGCUUUUGUGGGAUCGAAGACAGUGAUCCAGAUCAGAAGCCAUGCACAGAAAUACUUUCUCAAGGUUCAGAAGAGUGGGACUAGUGAGCAUCUUCCUCCUCCGCGACCAAAGAGGAAAGCAACUCAUCCAUACCCACAAAAGGCUCAAAAAAGUGUUGCUCUUGUGCCCCCUGUCAAUGUAUCUUUCCCACCUUCAAGCUCACUGCUUGAACCUGGGUGCUUGUAUAACACUGAUUCACAGUCGUUGCUAGGGAAUCCAGUCGUUAAUGCUCCUGUUUCUUCUUUCUGUAAGUAUGGAUCAUUGCACCCAAGUAAUGUACCGCAGCAGGUGAUCGAAGAGGAAUCGGGAGUCUCCACACAGGCAGCCACCACCAACUGCUGCUACAGUAGUAGCAGUACAGAAGAUACACAACGGACACAGACCAUUACAGCGCCAAAUGAUCAAGAAAGUUGUGAAAAACCGCUAAGCGUGAUGCCAAAUUUUGCUGAAGUCUACCGCUUCAUCGGGAGCGUCUUUGAUCCUUCUGCCACAGGUCAUGUGCAAAAAUUAAAGCAGAUGGAUCCAAUAAACCUGGAAACGGUGAUGUUAUUGAUGAGAAACCUCUCUGUAAAUCUGGCAAGCCCCGAGUUGGAAGAACACAGAAGGCUGCUAUCAUCGUACAACGACCGAACUACAAAGGAGACAUAGAAAAGAAACUUUAACAGCUCCUUUCUGGUGGAUUCCUGUGAAAAAAGGUUGUCUGUCAGAUGCAUAAACGGUCCAUUUGCUCUGUGAAGAAGGAUGACGAAUCAUUCGAACUCUCUUGUGACCAAGAUUUCUGUGUGUUCUUCUUCUCUCUUGUCCUGAAGGCGAUGGGGUUUGCUAGCGGCAGUCAUGCUGUAUUUAACACACACACACACGGGGUAAUGUGCAUGGUAGACGUAUGUGUAUAUGUGUAUGUAUCUAUGUAUGUAGGGCGUGUCUAGAUGGAGUUCUCAAGGCAAAAGUGGCAACGAUCCGCUGUAGGAGUUUCCUGCAGUGCAGGAGUUUGUAGGGGAUCUGCACAUAGAAGGCCAGUUUAGACCAUCUUUGGGACGCUUUGAGGCUGUAUAUAUAAGGUGUUUGUGUUUUGAGAGUA